AUGCGCACAAGGGUGUUCUGGCGGGUGGUGCUGGUGGUGGCGCUGCUGGCGGUCGUCCUGUGGGCCGAGCUGCUGCUGAUCGAGCUGUCGCACUCACGGCCGCAGCCCAUGAUGCUGCCGCCGCUCUACGCGUCUGACUCGGCUGGCGCCACCCAGCGGCCAGUCAGUGGGGACACCAACAUCUUCUUCAUAGAGCCCACGUGCAUCUUCGAGGAAGUGCCGUGGUUCGGCCUCGGUACUCUCCAAAUGUGCGCCGUGGAAUCUGCCAUCCGCCACAACUCGGAGUACCACGUGUACGUGCUCCACACGUGUGCGGCUCCUGCAGAAGGCUUCACCGUCCCCGAUGGUGCCAAGGCGAUAUACUCACCAACAGAUUUUUUCUUCAAGGACACUGAUCUUGAUCCGUCCAUCUUAACACUGUACCGCUUCUUUGGUACAGAGUAUUCCGUACAGCACGCGAAGGAGGUCCUGAGUCUUGUGACACUCUGGAAGUACGGUGGCAUCUAUCUUACCUUGGACUACAUCAUUCAAAGGCCGCUUUGGGGGUUGGGGGAGGACUGGAUCACGGCAGCGGGCCCGAAAGAGGUGUCGCUGCGUGCCAUGUCCCUGUCUGCGACGCCGCUGUCUCCCGGGCAGCAGGUGGCCAUCGAGAUAGUGCGGCGUCUGCACGUCGACGGCGGCGCUCCAGACGGCGCCGUCGCACUGGUCAACAGCGUGCUCAGCGAACGCUGCGCCUUCGAUCAGACUGAUGUCAGCGUGGAGGACUGCAGAGGCAUCUCGAUACUACCUGGGGAGCUGCUUCUGCCGGUACCUGCAGACCUGUGGCAGAACCUGUACAUGGAGGACCUUGCUGAAGACAUGCUUUCGCUUGUCCAUGAUGCGUACGGCGUAUGCUUUUACCACGAGAUGAACGAGGAUCUGUUUCCCAGUCCCAACUCGGCCUACGGUCGGCUUGGCCAAUGGAAUUGUCCUUCAAUCUUCUUCGGCUCCACAGGGAAUGAUUCGUCCAAACGCCGACGGUGA